GACAGCUACAGAAGUCCAACUCAUUGUGAAUUCCCAUUGGACUCUUUACAAUACCUCUUCAUCUCUCUCUCUGUCUAUGGCGUGUAUCUUUUGAAUACUAACUCCUCUUCUACGCGUGAUUUCCAUUUAUAUAUACAUAUAUAUAUUGAUACGCACAAACGCACGCGCGCAGCGGCGGAGGAGACUCGGCUCUAUUGGCGUUUAUCACUAGAAAUGGCCGCCGCCGCUCUUCGACUUCGGCUUCUGCUCCUCUGCAUAUUGCCAGCAGGUUUGUUCAUCGGCGGCAUUCAAAGCCUAGACAUGGGAAUCAACUACGGCCAGAUCGCCAACAACCUCCCGCCGCCAUCCCGAGUCUCGUACCUCCUCCGCUCCCUCAACAUUACCCGCGUCAAGCUCUACGACGCCGAUCCCAAAGUCCUCACCGCCUUCGCCAACACCGGCGUCCAAUUCAUCAUCGGAUUAGGCAACGAGUACCUCCAGAAAAUGACCGAUCCCGCCCAAGCCCAAUCCUGGAUCCAGCAGCACGUGCAGCCCUACAUUUCCCAGACAAAGAUCACGUGCAUCACCGUCGGCAACGAGGUCCUCACCGGCAACGACACUCAGCUCAUCUCCUACCUUCUCCCAGCAAUGCAGACUGUCAGCUCAGCCCUAUCAACUCUCGGCCUAAGCAAGCAGAUAUACGUAACAACCGCACAUUCCUUCGGCAUCCUAAGCAGCUCCUUCCCGCCUUCCUCCGGCGCAUUCAGACAGGACCUCAUCCAAUACAUUCAGAGUAUUCUCAACUUCCAUUCGCAGACCGGCUCCCCUUUCCUCAUCAAUGCAUAUCCGUUCUUCGCCUACAAGGACAGUCCGGGGGAGGUGUCGCUCGACUACGUGCUCUUCCAGCCCAAUCCCGGGAUGCUCGACCCUGCCACGAACCUGCAUUACGACAACAUGCUGUAUGCACAAAUCGAUGCAGUCUACUCAGCAAUCGGAUCCUUGGGACACAACAAUAUACAAGUUAAGGUAUCCGAGACAGGAUGGCCUUCCAAGGGUGAUCCUAAUGAGGUUGGGGCUACACCAGAAAACGCUCGGUUAUACAACGGGAACUUGUUAAACCGAGUGCUACAAAACCAAGGGACUCCAGGCAAGCCAUCAGUUCCAGUCGACAUCUUUGUUUUUGCACUCUUUAAUGAGGAUUUAAAGCCCGGGCCGACCUCCGAGAGGAACUACGGAUUGUACUACCCCAACGGCAUUCCAGUCUAUAACAUCGGAUUGCAGGGGUAUUUGCCGCGUAUGGAUUAUUCAAGCUCUACCAAAAAAGUGUUACUUCUCUUCAAUUUCUUCCUUCCUAUAGUUUUUUCGAUGGUUAUUACAUCGAUCCAAAGAUAGCGAAGGAGCCAUGAGUCUGAAGUGAUCAAUGCCAAAGCACUUGUCUUUGGGAAAUUAAAUUCAAAAGGUGAAGCAGGAUUUUGCUACUUGUAGUGGACAGAGGUUCUUACAGCAGUCAAAGUGUUAAACCCCCUCAAACAGAAAGGAUUUCAUUCAUUGGAGAUUCGGACAUUGUUUUAGGAGAUUCAUUACAUUACUCUACUUAGAGGUACAAAAAUAAAAGAAAAAGGUUUCAUUGGGGGUUGAGGCUAAGUUAUUGUACGCAUAGAGAGAGAGAGAUAGAAGACAUUUGAGUUUGUGAAAUUUUCUACUGACACCCAUCAUAUGUAUUUUGUAUGUAUGUAUAAUCAAUCAAUCAAUCAAUCAAUCUUAUUUAUAUUAAGACCUCAAA